GAAACUGAACGCUAAAAUACCGUGAACGGCGAAUCGCCGAGUUGCCUAGAGCAGUGGCAGGGAGGGAUUCCGUUUGGGUGUUCCUCCGAAUCUUUUUAAUGCUUGCUGUCGGUACUCUAUACACAUACUGACGUAACGGAGCGAUUUUGUCAGUGUUCGCAGUCAAGAAGACAAAGUAAGAGCACGAGUGAUCGGGAGCGCUUCAGUUCAGCGGCCGCGUCGGGCACCGUCAGAGCUGCGCGGCACGAUUCAUCUCCUCCACCGCUCCGGGCUUCCUCCUCUAUGGUUUAAAAUCUCAUUUGAACUCAAGUUUUUAUGUGACUGUCCGUGAGACUGAAGAAGAGGAAAGCAGAAUUUUGAGUUGGGACUUGUUUGCAGUCAAGAAGAUAAUAAACAGGGUUUUUCUUUCCUUGUUAAGGAAGACAUGGAUGAGAAAUCUAUACAUUUUAAAGAAGAGGACAGCUCUCCAGAGUGUCUCAUGAUUAAAGAGGAGGUCAUCCCUGAACAUGGUCCCCUACACACUAAACAGGAGACCUUUGAAAUAAACAUUUGUGAAAAUAUUAAAGAAAAUGUGGAGCUCUCAUGUAACAACAUUGCAAUGCACAGCCUGACAGAAACAGCUUCUGUAGGGUCUUUGGAAAGUGACCAUCAAGUUAUUAAGGAGGAAUUUGAAUCUGGAGAAGAUUAUGCCAGUCCAGACCAAAUCAAGGGGGAGUCUAAUUCAUGUUCAAGUGUUUCGCGACGGAAGACACCAUGGUGGCUGACUGAGGAUAUAAGAAAUUUCAAAAAGAAGCCAAUUAAGUUGAACAACCAAAUAAUUCAAAAAUCAGCAAAACUAUUCAGCUGUUCUCAAUGUGGGAAGAAAUUUGAAACGCUUGAGAUCCUUAAAAUACACUUAGCAGUUCACAAAGAGGUGAAACAAUACAGUUUUGUUGAGUAUGGACAGCGAUUUCAUCACAGCAUCAGGUUAAGUCGCACUAUAGAGAAGCCAUACAAGUGUGUGGAAUGUGGGAAGAGCUACAGUUACCAGUCUGGCCUUCAGGCUCAUCUGAGGACUCAUACUGGGGAGAAACCUCACAGUUGUUCUGAAUGUGGAGAAAGGUUCAGUCACAAGUUCAGACUUAAGGCACAUCAGAUAUGUCACACCGGAGAGAAACCAUACCAGUGUUUGGAUUGUGGAAAGAGCUACAGUUAUUAUUCUGGCCUUCAGGCUCAUCGGAGCACUCACACAGGUGAGAAACCUCACAGCUGCAAUGAGUGUGGGGAAAGCUUCAGUCAAAAGUUCAGACUUAAGGCACAUCAGAUAUGUCACACUGGAGAGAAGCCAUACAAGUGUAUGGAAUGUGGAAAGAGCUACAGUUAUCAUUCAGGUCUUCGGGCUCAUAGGAGCACUCACACAGGUGAGAAACCUCACAUUUGCACAGAAUGUGGAGAAAGCUUCAGUCAUAAAUUUAAACUUAAGGCACAUCAGAUAAGUCAUACUGGAGAAAAGCCAUACCGGUGUCAAGAUUGUGGGAAGAGCUACAGUUACCAUUCUGGCCUUCAGGCUCAUCGGAGCAUUCAUGCAGGAGAGAAACCACAUGUUUGCACUGAAUGUGGACAGUGCUUCACUCACAAGUUCAGACUUAAGGCACACCAGAGAAGUCAUGCUGAAGCAAAACCAUAUAGAUGUGUGGAAUGUGGAAAAAGCUACAGUUACCAGUCAGGCCUUCACGCUCAUCAGAGAACUCAUACCGGGGAGAAACCUCACAUUUGUACAGAUUGUGGAAAAAGCUUCAGCCAUAAAUUCACACUUAAAGUGCACAAGCGAAUCCACUCUGGAGAGAAACCACAUGUUUGUAUGGAAUGUGGUAAAAGCUUCAAUUACCCGUCUGACCUUAAGGUUCACCAAAGUAUUCAUACAGAUGAGACCUCCCAUAUUUGUACUGAAUGUGGACAGAGCUUUGAUCAGUUACCUGCUCUUAUAACACACCAGAAUAGUCACAUGUGGGAGGAACCACACAUUUGUGUAGAGUGUGGAGAAAGCUUCAGGCAUCUAAGCAGUCUUGAAGCACACAAGAGAACUCAUACAGUAGAGAUACAAUCUCUACAGACAGGGAAACUGAUGCAAGGAAACUAAGCACAACUGGCAGAAAAAUAAAAUCAUGUAUCAGUCCUAAGUGAUUACUCAAAACCAAUAAUGGAGAGGCCAAAAAUAAUAAAAGUACCAAGAGAUGUAACUGGAGAAAUGCCAGGUGUGUGACAAAGCAACUGAAUUUAUCACAGUUGUCCUUUCAUCCACAGGACUAAUUAAAAGGAGUUUCCAUGUGCAUCAAGAUGCCCAGCAAACUACCAUCACUUCCUGAAAGGUACAAAAAGGGGCAUUAUAAUGAACAGUUUCGGUACUAUUCCAAGUUUUUGCAGAACUUUUAUGGGAAUGAAAACAAAAGCAAUACAAUACUGUUUUGAAUAAAGAAUAACAUUCCCUUCUGUCAGGACAGAGCACACAGAAGUCCAUAUACAGACAGUAACUUCUGGGAUUGACCACAGGAGGCCCAUGAGAAAGACUGAAGAUGAGAACCUGUAUGAAACACAGGCUACAUUGUGCUAUUUUAUUAGUCAGAUCUUAUUGUGUAAUAGAUCUGUACCAAAUUUCUUCAAAGAUUGAGUAUGAAAAUGAAGGUGACUAGACUCACACCUGCUUUCGGUGAGGUGAUAGUUAUAGCUGUAGUGAAAAAAAGUUAUCAGAUGAUGGAAAAAAAAUCACUAUGAUUUCAGAUUGUUAUGAGACUGUUCUUGGUCCCAUCACAGCCACCCAGAAAUGUGAGAAGCAGAAACUUAAGAUGUGGUCCUGUGGUUGGACAUGAAAUAAGAGAUUAUUGGCUGUUACCUUAAGAUGAAAAAAAUCUCCAGCUUUAGGAUAUGUGGUGAUUGCCCCCCAAAAAUGAAUCUAGAGGCCUAAUUCCAGUAAAUAAAUUAUGUUAGUAAAAGAAAUUUAAAAAUAGUACAGGUAAGGUAAGACAAUAUUUCAGCAAAUCAAGGACAACCAAAAAAGGAACACAAAGAGACAAGAUUGGCAGGUCAUGGAAAAGACCUGAGACAUGGUCAAGAGGGACCAGUAUUAUGUUGCACAAUUACAGAUGAUACUGAAUACAUAAAAUUAGUAAACCACCGUAGCUGAAAAUUAAUUCUGUUCUGAUUGACUUGGCACAAAAAUUGAGUACUACCCAAAGCAACCAGUCAUGUGCUCACUAUAAGUAGACAACGUUGUGUAGCGUUUAAUACCUUCAACAUUGAACCACAAGGCUGCCAGUUCCCCACCUUUGACUUUGCAUGCCAGGAUGAGUCACUUAGCCCAGUAUUGCAUGCCCAUCCUGUUUGUCACAUUAGGGAAAGGCACUUUCCCAAAAAUACAAUGAUGACAAUGACAAGCAGAUCUAAAAGCAACUGAAAUAUAAUGAAGUUAUAGUAUCAGCCUUCACAGGAAAGGAUUACACCCAUAAAUGCAUCAGAAGGGGCAAGUGGAAAUGCAACACAGACAACAUAACCGAAUACGCUAGACUGCAAAAGGCAGCAGGAAAUCAGGAAAUAGAUAAGACAUACCGAGAAUUUUGGAGAAAACAGAAGCUGCAGAUGAUAUUGUUAAAUCAAACAAUUUCUAAUCUCCUUAUAAAUAUGAAAGAAAGCAGUUCAUCAAAUGCAAUGCAGUGAAAUCCAUCACUACAACAGCACAAAAAAAAAACAAUAAACAAAAGUGCAAAUUACACUCCUCUUUGUGUCCAUUAAAAUUAAUGAAAAACAAACAAAAAAAAAGAUACUCAGGAAAUUGACAUUAAUUGCAAAAGUGACACCACACAGAAAAAAAGGCAAAGCAUUCAUUUCCAAUACUACUAGGAGGAAACAAAAACAACAAUAUAAAGCAAUUUUUCCAUUACAAUGAUAAACAAGAGUAUAAUCAAGAAUCAGACACAAUGGAGUGCACAAAUAAAUGGAGCUCAGAAUGUUCAAUUAAAAAAAAUAAAAUCAUCAUGGACCGUGUUUUCUCUAUCACUGUCACUCUUUGCAAAUUCUUGAAAGGGACAUUCCAUGCUACUCAGGAUACUUGCAGAAAACUCAAUACAAUAAAAAAAGGAAGAGCAAAAAAGAUGUCAUGGCUUCCACAAUGGCAGCACCAGAAAAUGCCAAUCUAAGAAUAACGUACAGCUGCACUGAACAUGUGGGAAAUAUUUUACAAUUUCAAAAUAAAAAUGCCAGAGAAUUUCUGCACUGGAAAAACCGUUUCGAGGAAAAUUCAAUGUACUGCUCACUCAUUUCAAAAUUUCAGUCACCCAGAGAGCUGGAUUAGUCCAUCAUCUAGUCUUCAGUGUUGAUCAGAAUGACACAAAGCUGCAUUGCUUGUUCUGACUGAAAAAAACGUUUUAGAUAUUCUAACAGUAUCAACAUGUUCUAGUUCAUACAAGAAUGUGAAGAUGAAGCCAUGUAAUGUGGAUGCAGUCCUGAAAACGAGUUAAUGAAUCUUUCACGUUGGAAGAAAUGCAUCUGUUUAUGCCAGCACUCAUUGAAGUCAUUAGGAACCUCAACACAGUCUAGUGAUUAUUAAACAGCAGGAGCCUGGGGAGAUUAAAUCCUGCAACCUACGCCUUGCCAAAUUAACUAAUAAUGAAAUCCAUUAAAUGACAGUGUUAAUAAAUGGAAAUUGAAGAUUCUGGAUUAGUUAAAAUAUUUUGAAAAUCAUGGGGACAAUUAAAAUACACAGAGUUUUACAAAAGCCAUGUACAAUGGGGGGAAAAAAAUCAGAAGAAAAAAAAAAAAUCUAAUCAGAAAAAAUACCUGAGAUAUUCAGAGAAUGAGGAACAUUUAAAGGCACAGACACUACAAACUACUAUGACUUUGAGUUUUUGAUGUGACAGUUUACCAUGCAUGAUUUCCUCCUUUUACUAUGGGGAUGGACUCCAGCUUUCACCCUUCCUGUAUUAGAAGAGUUAUUAACUUUAGAAAAUAAAUGGAUGGCUUACCCUUGCAGAAAUAUAUAUUUUUUUUUGGUAAAACCAUGUAGUAGAGUGAUAGGAUUACCUUUUGUAUGGCAUUAGGGGGUCUAAGUUAGAUUUAUUUAUUUAUAUAUUUUUUGCAUUGUUUAAUUAUUAUUAAAGUUGCACAUUUACUGUUAUAUAUAUAUAUUAGUUAAAUAUUGAAAAUAACAAAAUACAAACAUGGUUGAUGUCCAUAUGGUUAGGAUGCACUGGACAAAAUGGCGUGCAUUGGAGUAUUUGAAAUAAAAGCUUAGUAGAGCUGGAA